CUCACUUCACCGCGCUACGCAUGGCAAAAGGUACUCCCCACCCGUCCUCCCCUGCGGACGAUACCGCUUCUCUCAAGAGAAGGAAGACAGAUGAUGAUGACAGUGACGGCAGACAUGGGAAGAAAGCUCGCACAAGAGUCAGUUUUUCGUGCGGAGAAUGCCAUCGCCGUAAACAAAAGUGUGACCGCCAGAUACCAUGCUCCCAUUGUAUCGCACGCAAAGUUCCAGAACUCUGCAAGGCCUAUACGCCGGGUAAAACCGAUCAGGAUCUCAGCGUUCGUCUGGCUCGCCUCGAGCACAUCAUCGAACUCGCUCUGCCUCAAUACUUUCACCAAGUGAACGGUGCUCAAAGCGUGUCCAGUCGCAACAGAGCCUCUUCAGAGGGUGACGAGGACAAUCGCUCUGUAGCAGAUGAACAGGACCCUAGUGGUGGUACCUUCCAAAGUGGAAAGUGGUACGGUAACAGCGCCUCCGGGAGCGUUGCACCGGCGUCCGUACUGGAGCAACUGGCAAAUGUUGUGGUUGCUAGUACAUCUCAUGAACAAAGAGAGUCAAAGAGUGGUGCCAGUCACCCCGCCGGCUCUUCUCAGCAGAACGGAACACUCAAUGUUGAUCCGAAGAACAGUAUUGCUCCGCCUUCGAUCAUUGAGAGCGUCCGACAGGAUUCCGAGCCAUCUGCUGCCGACAAUCUGAAGAGCCUUGUUCAAGAAUGCGGCCUUUCGCCCCAUAAAAUCUCUGAACUGUUGCAAGAACUGCCUCCUCAAAGAUUCUCCGACGCUCUCAUUGAUCAUUACUUCACGUCCAUAAACUGGACUCGGUAUCCAAUAUCAGAACAGGAUUUCCGAUCUGCAUACACUUCCUUGAUUGCCAACGGCGUUGGUGCGAACCCCAACGACGCGCGUUUCCUACCACUUUUGUUCGUUGUUUUAGCGAUAUCUGUGCGUCUUGCCCCAGAGCACUUGGCCGGGGAUGCUCGCACCCGACGGCUUACCUCUUUAAGAUAUUAUUGGUCUUCUCGGCGAUCGUUGCUCAUCGCGGCUGCUAUCCAACCCGACUCGCUGGAACUCGUAUUAACACGCUUAUUGAGCGCACGCUUCUUGACAUUUGAUAGAAGAAUAACCGAAUGCUGGAGUCAGUUAGGUGCGGCAGUGAGAACUGCACAGGCUCUUGGUUUGCACAGAGAUGCCUCCCCUUCGUCCAUGGAUCCCGCGCAGGUAGAGGAACGGCGUCGAAUAUGGUCAUAUCUUUAUCACGCGGACCGCUCAUACGCGCUCGUACUUGGUCGGCCUUUUGCCAUACAGGAUGACUAUACUUGCACGCUCCCUCCUCUGAACGUGGAAGAGGACUGCCCCUUGUCUCAAAUUCGCAACCCACCACCGCUUUCAACCCCAACGUUGAUGACGUAUGUCAUUUUACGGCACAAUCUAGCCAGCAUCAUUGGUCGUAUGGUCCACCACUUUCAGCAAGUGAGGAUGCCAAAUCAUUACUCAGACGUUCUCGCCUUGGACGAAGACCUACAAAAGUUUAUACACAAUCUCCCACCUCAUUACUCCCUCGAACCGAACACGGCCCUCGAUCAAAGCAUGAAGUUCCUACCUGUCCAUCGAUUCCUGCUCAUCACCGAGGUGUUGUUCGUCCGUAUCAGCUUACAUCGACCAUACCUGCUUCGUCGGCUGAGUUCAGACCGUUACUACCGAUCCCGAAAGGCGUGCUUCGAAUCUGCCAUGAAGGAUUACAACAUCAGGCGCAAGUUUCGAGAAACACAACCCAAGGAGACGCGAGAUUCUCUAAGUAACGCUUAUCGAGAGUUCCAGACUGCCAUGAUCAGCGGGAUCUACCUAGUCCUAGAUCCUCAUGGCAAAGACUCGGAAAUUAUGCAUAAUAUUCUGGACAGUUUCCUAGAGGAACACGAUGGCUUACGAGAAAUGGACGAGACAACUCGUAGAGAGCUACGAACCAUCGAAUUCCUCAAAAGCAAAGCAUCUGAGCUCGCGGAUAGCCAUCCUCCACCGGCGGAGGUGACUAGCCCCACCACAGAUAACUCGGCGGUAUCUGGCAACUUCAUGUCCAAGCCUCCUUUACCUCUCAUGCUCCCGGAAACCCCUGGUUCAAACAGUUCUCCCCAAAUGUCUCCAUCUACUUAUGGAAGUCAAGUUGCUCAUGUCCCAGUCAUUCAGCGACUGCAACAUUCCGCUGACGGAGGAUCCCUUGGGUCACCUGCUGGUACGAGCAGCCCGAGCGGUGAAGAGGAAUCAUCCGCGCAGUCGCUGCUGGACAACUGGUGCAAUACUUUUGCUGGAGGCCCCGUCGAAGGCCAGACAGGUAUCCCAGCCCUUUCUUGGGGCGGAGCAGACUUUUCUGGAUGGGUGGGCAGUACCGCUCCAUCUGUGGGCACAGAGACCAGCUUAUUCAACGCUGGGGAUGGUUCGGACUGGAAUUAUUGGGAGACGCUUGUCAACCAGAUCAAAGGUGCUCCGGGCACAAAUACUUAGGCGCAGCGCUAAGGUUGGCUUAGACAUGGUUAGAUGCAAAACUGAGUAGGGUAUAGACAUUCACUGAUCGAUUGGCUUAUGCCCUAGCACGUUAGCUUGGUUGUACAUACAUUUAUACUAUCGCAUGCAUAGAGUACAUGCACUCGACAUUGGUAUCGUGACGCUUUAUAGGCCUAUGUAUUAACAGUUUUCUUUUGGUUUCUUUCUGGUUUGUUAUGUUGUAUCGACUAUUGGCCAGGCUACAGCGCUAAUGGGGUGUGAUAUAACAAUGUGAUCCUGCAUCGCAGCAUCUGUAUCCGACGUUCAAACGUUCAACGUUCAAUUACUACCUACAUAUGCG